UCUCAUUUUACUAUUCAAUUAAAAAAAAAACACAAUGACUUUCAUAGCGAAGCUCAUUGCAGUUCUCCUUGCCGCAAUAAUAGCAUCACCCCUCGCAAUCUCCACAAGAAAAGUAAAGUGGGGUUCGAGCCUAGCAGUGCGGCUGAGAGUGGCGGAAGAGGAGGGGCCUAGCACGUGCUGGGAAGCGCUAUCAGAGCUUCACUCUUGUAUGGGAGAAGUGGUCAUGUUCUUCCUCAAUGGCGAGACCGCGCUUGGAGCCAGCUGUUGUAACGCUAUAAGAGUGAUCGAGCAUCAGUGCUGGCCCUCCAUGCUCGGAACACUCGACAUCACUACUCAAGAAGGAGACGUUCUCCGCGGCUACUGCGACGCUGCCACCAAUGGUGGCGGUGGUGCGGCUCCUCCUCCGCGUGCAUCCACUGUCGAACAAUGCUAUAGUUUCCCGCGCUUGCAACAUUGAAUUGUAAUCUUUAUAAUCUAUGUCACAUUAUUAAUUAAGUGGUUAAUAAAACGUUGCAUGUCUCAUUUUAA